AUUGGAUGUGUUCUCAAUAAACUGUUAAACUCUCUGACGUGGAACACCAUACGAAACAGAACCUACGAAGAAUAACACAAGAAACAGAGAGUGUUCAAAUUUAUAAGAUUAGAUCUCACAAUCAGACAAAAGCUUCCUUCUUUGUCUUCAAAUUCGCCAUGAAACCGAUGCACCACCACAGAGCUCCACUAAUCUCUUCUUCUUCCUCUCAAAGCAACUCUUUCGUCUCUAGACUUCUUCUUCUACUGACUCUACUCCCAGUCUCCCUCGCCUGCCUCGCCUUCAUCCUCCAAUGGCGAGGCGGCGGCGGCCUCGCCGAUCCCGCCUCCGCUUCCGUCAUCUCCUCAACAUCAGUCCCCGGCGGAGGAAACUCCGAUCUCAACCACGAGGUGUUCCCCGGAAUGGAGACUGUCUCAUCAGUCUCCCCGAAAGCUCACCAAUCUUCUUCAUCCGACUGCUCGAAUCUAGCUCGAAGCUCUUCCCCCUCCUUUCCUUACUACGGUGAUUGGAACUUCGGUGUUGAUUUCAAUCUAAAGCCAAAGAUAUGUAUCACGACUAGCACAUCAGCGGGGUUGGAUCAGAUUCUACCGUGGAUGUUUUACCAUAAGGUUCUUGGCGUCUCCACGUUUUUUCUUUUUGUGGAAGGGAACGCUGCUACGCCCACCAUUUCUAAAGUCCUGGAGUCCAUUCCUGGGGUGAAGGUGAUAUACAGGACAAAAGAUCUUGAGGAGAAGCAGGCAAAGAGCCGGAUUUGGAAUGAGACGUGGCUGUCUUCUUUCUUUUACAAGCCAUGCAAUUAUGAGUUGUUUGUCAAGCAAUCUCUCAACAUGGAAAUGGCUAUUGUCAUGGCAAGGGAGGCGGGCAUGGAUUGGAUACUUCACCUUGACACAGAUGAGCUAAUAUACCCAGCAGGCACUCGUGAGCACUCACUGAGACGCUUGCUUCUUGAUGUUCCUCCAAAUGUUGAUAUGGUUAUAUUUCCUAAUUAUGAAAGCAGUGUGGAACGAGAUGAUAUCAAGGAUCCUUUUACAGAGGUGUCAAUGUUUAAGAAGAACUAUGACCAUCUCCCAAAAGAUACAUAUUUUGGAAUGUACAAAGAAGCAACUAGAAACAAUCCAAACUACUUCUUGACUUAUGGUAACGGCAAAUCAGUUGCUCGAGUUCAAGACCACCUCCGACCAAAUGGAGCACACAGAUGGCAUAAUUACAUGAAGACUCCCAAUGAGAUCAAGUUGGAGGAGGCUGCUGUGUUACACUACACGUAUGCCAAGUUCUCGGACUUAACAUCUAGACGUGACCGAUGUGGAUGCAAGCCUACAAAAGAAGACGUGAAAAGAUGCUUUAUGUUGGAUUUUGAUAGAUCUGCAUUUAUAAUUGCGUCGACAGCUACUGAAGAAGAGAUGUUAAGUUGGUACCGUGAACACGUUGUGUGGGGAGACAAAGAGGUGAAGACGAAACUCCUUAGGAAGGGUAUUCUUACUCGCAUUUAUUCACCAAUGGUUGUUAUACAGGCAUUGAAAGAGUCUGGUGUUUUCAGCUCGGUUGUCUCAUCAGCUUCAACAAAUCUUUCAAAGAAAAAGUUCUUAGCAUCAAUGCACAAAAGCAACUCAUCAAGUUCUGAUUCCCUUCCUUCAAAGGACAAGGAGUCUCAGGGUAUCUCUGCAAGGCACCUUCUUGGAGCUGAAUCAGCGGUCCCUCCUUUGUCGCCUCCUGGGAUGGAACACGCUGGACUUGUCACAGAGGAUUAACAGAUUUUUGGCAUCGAUCUGAUGUCUUUGCUUCCUCCUUACUGACGUGAUAUUAAUACGGGAUGCAAUGCUAGUGAUGUGUAGGUUUAGGAGAGUGGGUAAUCAUCUUUAUUACCCAAGAGAGAGACACUUUGGUUGGUUCUUUCAUCUCAUUGAUUUUCACAUACGGGUGAACACUGAUUCAAUACUAGUCAUGUGUAUAUAUAUUUUUGAGGUUAUCGUUCACAAAUUCAUAAUGUAACACAUUUCAUGGAUUUGAAUAUUGUUCACUGA